AUGCAGGUGCAAAAAACCGACUCAGAUGGCAAGUAUCGCCUUCUUUACUGCUCGAGUAAAGGCAACAAAUGUGGGGUUAUGCAAGAACUUGAUAAGGGUGUAGAACCGAAUGCAGAAAAUUAUGAUAAAAGAACUGCACUUCACUUAGCUGCUUGUGAAGGCUGUACAGAAAUUGUUAUUUUACUUCUUGAGAAAGGCGCGGAUGUCAACUCUAUUGACCGUUGGGGUCGUACGCCACUUUCGGAUGCACGUGGCAUGGGUCACACUGAAAUUUGCAAAAUCCUCGAGGCAUAUGGAGGAAACGAUCCGGUAAUUCAUUUUCUUAAACAUGUACCCCUUAACUUCAGAGAAAAAGUGUGA